AUGCUGACAGAUUUGGUUACCCAGCAGGCUGCGGCAGCGCGACAGCAGAUGGACGCUGCACGUCGACAGGAGGACAGGAUGAAGAGGCUAGAGGAUCUGUUACUGCAGCAGACGACUGACAGAGAGAUUCCAGAUCCUUCGCCGUGGUGGGUGGACAUUCGUGAGGAUCCCCGCACUGAUUUGUCCGCUAUCACGUGGAAUAGGUUCAAGGAGUUAUUACUGACGACCUAUUUUCCUCAGAGUGUAAAGAGGCAGAUGGAAAAGGAUUUGAGAAACCUGAGACAGGGGGACAGGACAGUGGCAGAGUAUGAGCGAGAGUUCUCCCGACUACUCCACUGCGUUCCUUCUGUGGUUCGAGAUGAUGAAGAUAAGGCCCGUAUCUUUGAAGUGGGUUUGCGGCCUGCGAUUUUCAGAUUGGUCGAGGCGUCAAACCUCUCUACUUACAAGGAUGUGGUGAACCGGGUCUUGAUUGUUGAAAAAGGGGCAGAAAUCAUGAAGGAAAGAGACAUCGUGGAUCGGAGUAAAGGAAAGAGACCGACAGCUGAGAGCAGUGGUCAGCAAUCUUUCCGGAGGCCGCCGAAGUAUCCGAGGGGCUAG